GCGAUUCGGGCACGCCAAGUACUUGAAUGAACGUGAACGAGUCGAGCUUGGUAGCGCCUCGAUCCGUAUCAAAUUUCUCAUGCGAUACUAUAUAUACGUACUUGGCGUACCCAAUAGAUUAUAUAUAGUUUAUGUGCCAAAAUUCGAAGCAUCAUGUAAACGUAAUUUUGAUAUCUGCGGCACGAUCCUAAUUACUUUGCUUACCAGCCAGCGCGACACGUGCUCCGUCUGUUAUCUCGCUCAAGUUUAACGCGCGCGUGUUGCCAAUCACUCGGCUUGAAUCGCAGAUAUUUGAGAUUACAAGUGUAUACGUUUAUCUUUAUACGAGAAAUAUUGAAAGAAAUUUAAUUUCUGAAUUUUGAGAAUAAUCAUUUAGAUAAGCUCAAAAUCACACGAUAAGAUGAAUGUUCGUUCUUUAUUAAGGUUAUGUUCCACUAUACAUAUAAAUUUGAGUCACAGAUAUUACUGUGACAAAAAUAUAUUGAAACUUUACGAAAGAGGCAUGUAUGAGAACAUAUUUCCUGAUACUAGCACAAAUGAGAUGGUAGAGUUAUUGAAAACAUCACCGCAAUGUGUCUAUGCUGGAUUUGAUCCAACGGCAGAUAGUCUACACGUCGGUAAUUUACUUAUCCUAAUGAAUCUAUUACAUUGGCAGAGAUCGGGACAUCGAGUUGUAGCACUAGUAGGAGGAGCCACAGGUUUAAUAGGAGAUCCUAGUCAUAGAAAAUCAGAACGCGUCGAGAUGGAAAAAUACUUUAUUGAAGAAAAUACCGAAUCUAUCGCAAAGAAUAUAGAUACUAUAUUUAACAAUCAUGAAAAACAUUUUUGGAAGCACAAACGAGAGAAUUUGAAACCUCUGAUUUUAGUGAAUAAUUUGGAUUGGUACACGGAUGUAAAUGUUAUUGAAUUUAUCAGAAAUAUCGGAAAAUAUUUUCGAAUGGGAACAAUGCUGAGUAGGAGUUCCGUCGAGUCGCGGUUGAACUCUGAUACGGGAAUGAGCUUCACAGAAUUUACUUAUCAAGUGUUCCAAGCAUACGAUUGGUUUCAGUUGAUGAGACGUUACAAGUGUCGCUUUCAAAUUGGUGGAAGCGACCAAAUGGGUAAUAUCAUGUCUGGACAUGAUCUGAUUACAAAAAAGAUCAACGAAAAGGUUUAUGGUAUGACAUUACCACUUAUAACAGCGGAGGGUGGAAAGAAAUUUGGAAAAUCCCUGCUGAACGCCGUAUGGUUAUCUCCAACAAGAUCCUCGAGUUUCCAAUUAUAUCAGUAUUUUAUCAGAACGAAAGACUCUGAGGUAGAAAAGUUGCUAAAGUUAUUUACAUUUCUACCACUAAAUAAAAUUACUGAAAUUGUGGAGGCUCAUAUGAAAAAUCCAGAAGAUAGAAGAGCACAGAGAAUACUGGCGGAGCAAGUUACACUUUUAGUACAUGGAGAUGACGGAUUGUUGGCAGCAAAACGCGCCUCUUCGGUGUUGUAUGAUAAUUCGAUUGAAUCUUUGGUAAGAAUGAACGCGUCAGAAUUAGCGGACGUGUUUGAAGGUGCGACUAUAGUAGACAUCUUGUCUGAACCGGGAAUUACCGUGUACGAUCUAGCGAUGAAAGCAAAAUGUUUUCGAACUGAUCAUGAUGCACGACGAAUCAUAACAGCCGGCGGGUUUUACAUAAAUCAUCAAAGAACGAUCAAUUUAAAUGAGGUAGUUGUACCUGGUGUGCACAUACUAAGCAACAAUAUAUCGUUAGUUCGAGUUGGAAAGAAAACGUAUCACAUAGUACGAUGGCAGUAGUAUUAAUGUAUAAAUAUAUAAUAAAAAUAAUAUACAUUAAUUAGUU